ACAUAGUGCAGUGCCGGCAAAGAAGAAAGAAACGCGUCAAUGGAUCCGCUGGUGUCUGCGGAUCUCGUCGGCGCCUGAAAGUGAUUUGAUAUGAGGGCUGACCUGUGACCGGUGAUUGAAUGAGCACGUCGCGCGUGUAUAUGAGUGCGUAAUCGACGAGAGAGCGUAACCGAAGCAUCAUGAGAAGUGAUACCGCGCGUCCUACGCUUUCCGCGACGUUCCUCUGCGUCCUUCUCGUCGCCGUGACCGACGUUCGUGGACUGAGCAAUGUGUCGAUCCACAUACCAUUGGCAGUGGCAGCUGGCACGACGGUCAACAUGUCUUGCACAUACGAUUUACAAUCGGAAACCCUUUAUACCGUCAAAUGGUACAAGGGCUCGGAAUUUUUUCGAUAUAUCCCCAAAGAGAUGCCGCCAAUCGGAGUGUUCGGAGAGCUCGGGGCGAAAGUCGAGACAAAUCGGAGCGAUGCGAAUCGAGUGGUCCUAAAGGAUGUGCAACCCAAUCAUACCGGCAAAUAUCGCUGCGAGGUCUCCGGAGAUUCCCCCACAUUCAGCACCGUAAUGGUUGCCGCUUAUAUGCACGUAGCUAGUCUGCCGAACGGCGAUCCUCAGCUGCGGAUGGAGAAGAAGCGCUACGCGGUCGGCGAUACUGUACGUGGAAACUGCACGGUACCGUCGGGAAAUCCUCCGGCUAACGUGACGUGGACUGUCAAUGGGACACCGGUGAACUCGAGCUUUAUCAUGAACAUCACGGACAAAGUCGGCGACAAUCAGCAGCAGAUGACGGUUGCGGGAUUGGACUUCGAGACUAUGCAAGAUAACUUCAACAACGGCAGGUUGCACAUCGUCUGUCACGCCAACGUCUUUCAUCUGUAUCAGAAAAAGGCCGAUAUACUCUUGAUCGAGGAGCGUCCGAAGCUGGCCUCUGUAUUAGGAACACGAGAAUCCUCCUACAUUGGCAACGCAGCGAAGAGCACCGCCGAGUGCUUCUACAUCGCCGCUAUAACUACACUGCUGCUAUGCAACCUGAGAUAACAUCGAUGAGUUCGCAAUACAUUUUACGCGCACGAUUGUAUCGAGACGGAACGGGAGUGAAUCGUUUGUAAAAUUUUGAGAUUAUUACACGGGACAAAGGAAAGAGAGAGAGUGAGAGAGUGAGAGAGAGGGGGAGGAGGGGGGAGAGAGAGAGAGAGAGAGAGGAGAGAAGAAAGAAGAAAACAGUUGAGCAAAGAGAGGGAAAUCUUUCGUUGAAAUAAAUACCGAGCGUAUGUUAUUCGUGUAAAUAGGAUAAAAGAAAAGAAACACACACAUACAAACACACACACAUACACACACACAUAUACAGAAUUUAGCGACUUAUCUAUGUGUACGCGAACUACGUCCGCCGACGCGGACUAACUUGUAAUCCGAAUAACGAUGUCGUAUUAUUAUGUAAUAGACCGACAAAAUGUCGCGCCAAACUGCCAAGACGACUUAUUUCACGACAGAUCAUUGUAUCGUCUUUUCUAUCCUUCGACGAUGAUUUUUUGAUACCUCCUCUAUGGCAUUUGUAGUCGACGCGAACUGUAUCCUGUCAUGAUUAUAGAUGAACACUGUUAUCGUUUAUAAAUGACGUUUUAUUUCGAUGAUGAUACGAAUAAAACGAUUCGCCUUCGUUAAUUCGUUAAUUCGAUCUUCAGUACACUGAAACCCCGUG